AUGGGUGCCCCAACGGCAAAGAGACAGACACAGGCCACCGAGCCCACCACAGACGCUCCCGUCGCCAUCCCCCAAACUGAGGGUGCUGAGGAGGACGAGGUCAUGAUCUCCAUGGACGGACCUCGAGAAGACAUUGCCGUGCUCCAGGAGAAGGAUGACGACGCCGAGAUGACUCUCGACCAGGACGGAAAGCCCCGAUUUGCAUCUGCCGUCAACGCCGGCGAGGGCGUCAAGCCUGGCCGAAUGAAGGUGCCUAUUCCUCCUCAUCGAAUGGCUCCUCUCAAGAACGAGUGGAUGAAGAUCUACCCUCCUCUGGUUGAGCAGCUCAAGCUGCAGGUACGAAUGAACCCCCGAAAGAAGCAGCUUGAGCUGCGAACAUGCUCAAAUACCGUCGACAACUCGGCUCUGCAGAAGGGAACCGAUUUCGUGCGAGCAUUCACUCUGGGUUUUGACGUGGACGAUGCUAUGGCUAUCAUUCGACUGGAUGAGCUGUACGUCGAGACAUUCGAGAUCAAGGACGUCAAGACUCUUCAGGGAGACCAUCUGGGACGAGCCAUUGGCCGAAUCGCCGGUAAGGACGGUAAGACCAAGUUUGCCAUUGAGAACGCAUCGAGAACCCGAGUAGUGCUGGCCGACUCCAAGAUCCACAUUCUCGGCGGCUUCACCAACAUCAAAAUCGCACGGGAGGCUAUUGUUUCUCUCAUUCUGGGUAGUCCUCCUGGAAAGGUGUACGGAAACCUGCGUAUUGUUGCUUCUCGAAUGAAGGAACGCUUUUAG